GGUGGGAUUCCGAGGGCCGGAGCCGGGAGCGCGUGGCGGGCACGCGCCUGGCCGGCCCUCCCGACGGGGGCUCGCAGGGACGCGCGUGCGGGGUUCCGCGGGAGCGUGCGGCGAUGGAGGGCGCUCUGAGGGCCCGCCAGGCAGUAAAUGAAGGGGACUCAAGCGUUGCCACGGAGCUACAGGAAGAGGCUGAAGAAAAUCCUAGCCCUGUUGUGGAUGAGAAUAAUAUAGUAUCGGCCAAAAAACAGGGACCGAGCACACAUAAUUGGAGCGGUGACUGGAGCUUCUGGAUCUCCAGUUCCACCUACAAAGACAGGAAUGAGGAAUACAAACAGCAGUUCACACACCUGCCGGACUCGGAGAAGUUGAUAGCAGAUUAUGCUUGUGCCCUUCAGAGAGAUAUUUUGCUUCAGGGGAGGCUGUACCUUUCAGAAAACUGGCUGUGUUUCUAUAGCAACAUCUUCAGAUGGGAAACUACAAUUUCCAUUGCUUUAAAGAAUAUAACCUUUAUGACCAAGGAGAAAACUGCUCGACUCAUCCCAAAUGCUAUCCAGAUCAUCACAGAGGGUGAAAAGAGCCUGACCAGACAGGAGUUCUGGCAACUGCUGCAGCAGAACUAUGGCACGGAACUGGGUUUAAAUGCUGAAGAAAUGGAAAACUUGUCAUUAUCAAUAGAAGAAAAUGUGCAGCCAAGAAGUCCAGAAAGAAACAGUGUGGAUGACUCUGGGGAAAGAGAUGAAAAGUUCUCCAAGGCCAUCAGCUUUACACAGGAGUCAAUUAGCCGAGUUUCAGAAACCGAGUCCCUGGAUGGAAACUCACCGAAGAGAGGAUUAGGAAAAGAAGAGUCCCAGAGUGAGAAACAUUUGAAAAAAAGCCUUUCACUAGUUUCAGAAAAGAGGUUAAGUAGAACGCCCUCCAAAUCACUGGACUUGAAUAAAAAUGAGUACCUUUCUCUGGACAAAAGCAGCACUUCAGAUUCUGUUGACGAAGAAAAUAUUCCUGAGAAAGACCUUCAAGGAAGACUUCAUAUCAACCGUGUUUUUCAUAUCAGUGCUGAGAGAAUGUUUGAAUUGCUCUUCACUAGUUCACACUUUAUGCAGAGAUUUACUAAUUCUAGAAAUAUAAUAGAUGUGGUAUCUACACCCUGGUCAGUUGAGUCUGGAGGUGAUCAGCUGAGAACCAUGACCUAUACUAUAGUCCUCAGUAACCCACUUACGGGAAAAUGCACGGCUGCCACUGAAAAGCAGACUCUGUAUAAAGAAAGUCGGGAAGCACAGUUUUAUUUAGUAGAUUCAGAAGUCCUGACACACGAUGUUCCCUACCACGACUACUUCUAUACGUUGAAUAGAUACUGUAUUGUCCGAUCCGCAAAGCAGAGAUGCAGGCUGAGAGUUUCCACAGACUUGAAAUACAGGAAACAACCAUGGGGCAUUAUCAAGUCUUUAAUUGAGAAGAAUUCCUGGAGUUCACUGGAGAACUAUUUCAAACAGCUUGAAUCAGAUUUAUUAAUGGAAGAGUCUGUGUUAAAUCAAUCCAUUGAAGACCCUGGAAAACUUAGUAGCCUACGACGGAGAAGGCGGACUUUGAACCGAACGGCGGAAACAGCCCCUAAACCGUCUUCUCAGCGUUCUCCUAUAGACGUGGGCUUUGAGGCCAAAGGGGAUAUUACAGGAAAGAGAAAGACGGUGGACAGCUGUGACGCUGUUCUGAUAAUGGUGAUGAGUGUCUUUUUGCUGUUACUAGUUGUGCUGAAUGUGACAUUGUUUCUGAAGUUGUCAAAGAUAGAACAUGCGGCUCAGUCCUUCUACCAGCUCCACCUCCAAGAAGAGAAAUCUUUUAGUUUAGCCUCUGAUAGGUUCUCAAGUACAGAAAAUAUUCAAAAGAACAAAGAUCAGGCCCACCAUUUAAAAGGAGUGCUCCAAGAUUCCAUAGUGAUGUUGGAACAGCUGAAGAACUCACUCAUUAUGCUUCAGAAAACCUUUGAUUUACUAAGUAAGAACAGGACUAGGGUGGCUGUGGAGAGCUAGUGCUGAGUUGCAGAAAUCAAAGAGACACCUGGACCUAGAAGACAACAUCUGGAAGGAAACCAAGGAUGAAGACUGUCACUCUCACAGGGACAUUCCUGAUAUUUUUAUUUUGAAUUUCUACUAGGAAAACCUUAUUUAAAUAACAUUUACUUGGUGAUUACUCUCCAACAGCCUUAAGACUCUGUCUUUUCACUUUGUAUAGAUAUUUCUAAGCUGUGAAUUUCUCCAGUGAACCAUGAAAUAUACUUUGGAAUUGAAAUUCUAUGACACAAAAUGGGAAGUGAGACACCUGAGCAUGGUGGCCCAUUUUCUGUGCUGAAGCUUGUAACCUGACCCUUUAUCUGUUAGCACACAGUGAGCCCCUGUGUGCCCAGUGGGCUGUGUUCACCACUGAGUUUAAGAGCCUAAAAAGAUAAGAAGAAAGCCCUCCAUCAUUUCUCACUUUAUAGGAUCAUUUUCUAGGCACAUAGAUUCCAGGUUUGUAUCUUUAAACACUACAGUCUCUUCAUUGAAUUGGCAUGCAAAGGCAGUGGUCAAACCCUUUGAAUCUCAGUGUUGUCUGAAAGAUUCAUUGGCUGUGUUGUAUCUUAAUGAAGGAACAAACACACACACACACACACACACACACACACACACACACACACACACACACACACACACCCCACAGGUAAGAUUAUUCUUCAUAUAUCAAAGACAGGGAAGUAAUUUAUGAGACGGAAGUAUGUAGGAUACCAAUGCUCAGAAUGAACUAUUUUUAGUUUUAGAAGCCAGAAGAUUAUGAUAAAAUUUGGGCAUUUCAUGAAAGACCAAAUGAAUCCAUGAACUAUGCUUGGGUUCAGCCUAGCAGUGCCUAUGGUGGAAGUGACCCAUCUGAUUGAAAAUAAUCUAUGAUUUUUCAGUAACUGCUAUAGAUAGCUUCAUUCUUUAUACAGGUAUGUAGCUUGCAUUGUUGGAAAAAUUAUAAGCUUUACUCCACAAUAAAGACUGUGGGGUUCUUGAGCUCCAUAAUACAGACUGUGGGGUACAUGCACACUGACUGAAGAGGUGCAAGCUUGGGCUUCCAAGAAAGCUACUCAGGCAUUUGCCUCAACACAAGUGGUUUGUGAAAAAAAGGACUUUGUAACCUGACUUGAAAUCAGCUCUGACUCCUAGAAUUUAUGAAAGGUUCAGGGCAUAUUUAUUGUUUUGUUUUCUACAGGUCUGUCUUUGGAACUUGCACAUGCAAACACAAUACAUACAUACGUCAUACAUACUGUUUUGAAACAGGGUUUCUCUGUUUAGCUCUAGCUGUUCUGAAACUUGCUUUGUAGACCAGGCUGGCCUCAAACUCACAGAGAUCUCCCUGCCUCUGCCUCCUGAGCACUGGGAUUAAAGGUGUGAGCCACCACUGCUCGGCAUAUAUUCUUAUCGUUUGAACAACCAUUAACUACCUUUAGUGAAAUUUUCCCUUUCAGUGUCACCAAAGCCAAAUGGCAUUGCUAACAUUUUUGAAAUGCCUGUAAGGAAUGAAAAUACUGGCUAGAGGGAAGUGGGUUUCUCUGGAUGAAUCUCAACUAAUCCACCUGGAGAGGGGCGGGGUGCAGAGUAGUAACUCUGUUUUGUUUGCUUUUGUUAAGGACAUAUGAAGUUUUUGGCUGUGAGCAAGAAUGACUUAAUUAGAAACUUGAAAUUGUUAAAUUUAGAAAAAUGUUAACUGUCAAAGUGAAUGUUUUUGUGGUUUCCCUCAAACUACUUUAUAAUAUACCUCAAAGAUUACCAAUGUUGCUUUGCAGAUAAAAGACUAAAUAGGUAUGCAGAAUUAAUAGUCUGAAUCUGUUAUGUAGUCUGACUUCAAUAAAACUCAAAAUUUCUUCAAUUGUAA